CACAUUUUCGGGCAACAAGAUCCUACAGAUCACUAUAUAUUUGACCUUCAGGAUUCCUUAUUCUCACUGGAAUCCGUCCUCUCAAAGCGUGAUGUCUCUGUGGGAGAUGAUUCGUUUGGUCAACAUGCUGAUUGUCUUUCGCUUCCUGCGCAUCAUUCCAGAUAUCAAGCUGAUGGCUUUGGUUGCGAGCACAAUGUUGGACCUGCUGAAGAACCUCCGCGCCUUCGGAGGGAUAUUGGUGGUGGUGUACUAUGUGUUUGCUGUGUUUGGGAUCUGGCUGUUUGAAAGAGCCAUCAAACCUCCUCCUCAGAUGAGUGUCUUCACCAACGACACCAUGGAGAACAUCACCUCAAACUUCAGCAUGGCGUGUGGCACCUAUGAACAGCUGGAGUACUGGCCCAAUAACUUUGAUGACUUCGGGGCGACCAUCCUUUUGCUCUAUAACGUCAUGGUGGUCAACAACUGGCAGGCCUUCAUGGACGCAUACAGCAGAUACACCACAGACUGGUCCAAGAUCUACUUUGUGUGUUGGUGGCUCACCUCCUCGGUCAUGUGGGUCAACUUGUUUGUGGCGCUCAUCUUGGAGAACUUCAUCUACAAGUGGGAUCGCAGUCACAGCUGCUCUGUUACAGAUGUGGAGAAGAUCAGAUAUCAAACAUCUGUUCAGCUCAUGUUCAGAGAGCAGAUCCAGGAGCCAACAGAAGAAGAAUUACUUUGUCAACUACACCAACACCCACACUUACACCUGCACUGGUGACACACACACACACACACACACACACACACUCACACAACAAAGCUGUUACCAUACCAAGUAAGAACUACUACUCAAAGUGUGUGCAGUGUGAAGAAGCACUGAGAGGUCAAUAAGAGAGCAGAGUUUAUUUUAAUUUGUUUUAUUGUUAAAUGUGAGUUCUACUACUGAAACUAGUAGGAGGUGAAUGUAUCAAUGUUUGUUAUUCAACAAAGUGAAACCACUGUUCUUUUAUUGUUCAAAACCUUCGUAUCUCAAGGAUCAAGAUCAAAUUCCGUGGAUGUCAAUUUGUUUUUUCCCGAAGCUUUGACACACUAAUAGACCUAAACAUUUAUUAGAAUGAAAAAUCUGAGCUGAUCAAAACCUCUAGAGUUCAAAAAGUUGUAUCUCCAUUAUUUUGCCUCAACACAAUGACGCAUCAGAAUAAUAAUCAGAGAACUUGAUUUUACACUGAGAUAUAUUGGGGUUUUUUUAUGUACAAAGAACUUACUGAUGAUCUCAUUUACUGGAUGCAACUGCUCCAUGACUGAAAUCUUGAAAUCAUGUUUGGCUGUUGAGCUGCACAAACAAAGAACCAAAGAUUUGCCAAAGAUAAGUUUGGCUUUUGUGUAAUAAUUAUGUUUGGGUUUUUCCACUCGUUGUAGUUACCGUAACUAAAUAUCUCUACCGCAGGUUGUUGAUCUAGAUGUGUUUUUGGCCUUUUGUUUCCGUGUAUGUAAAUCUGAGGGAGGAUUUAAACUGAGAAUCUUCAGGGAAAGAUAUCAAUCAGGAAACAUGCCUUAUAUGUAAACUAGUCGCACAGGCAUGUUUAGCAAGAAUCCUGCUCACAGGUGGAGAAAAAGUGGAACCAGAUUUUAUUUCAAUCAAGUUUCUUCCCAACAUCCCUUCAUGAAUUAGAAUCUAUAGACUGUUUAAAACAAGUUGUCGUUUGAUCGGUGGAAUCAAGAGUGACAGCUGACCAACAAACUCUUAUCAAACCAUGUAAAUAUAAAGAGUGUAUCUUCUAUAUCUAAGUUAAAGCAACCUCAUAUGUCUGGGGUUAAAAUGGUAAAUGGACUUGAGCUUGUGUAGCUCUUCUCUAGUCUUCUGACUACUCAAAGUGCUUUUACACCGCAGGUCACACCUACACAUUCACACACUGAUGGCAUCAUGUGGCGUAAAUCUUCCAUUAGUAUUAACUAAUCCCAUUCAUACACCGGCCAACAAAGCAGUGGGAGCAACUUGAGGUUUAGUGUCUUGCCCAAGGAAACAUUCAACCUGUGGCUGCAGGAGCUGAGGAUCGAACCCCCGACCUUCUGGCUAAGAGACAACCGACUCCAUGGAUGCCCAGUUUAAUCUGGUGUCUGUUUUUCAGUCACAUCUGAGACAAUCAAACACAUUUCCACAUCUUUAGGGAGUAUUGAUCAUGUAAAGGGAAACAUCCUCUGAGAGGCUGCAAUGCAUCGUUCUACAGGAUGGAGUGAGACUCUGUUAAAAACAGAAACGCCAGAACUUUCAGAUUUUACUUAAAGGGAAGUAAGGGAUAAUCCUUGAAUUGAAACUUUUUAUAUAAAGGGCUAACUUUGCCUUGGUAUUUAUAUAUUUACAGUGGAAUUUUGUUUGUAGAAUAAACGCAGAUAAAGGUUUUUAUUGAAUUAAGUUUGGAUGUAUCAGAAAACUGGAGUUUCUGGCUAUUUUUAAUGUAAGAUACAUCAUAUGUUUCAGUUUGCACUUUGAAAACUGUUUGUAAAAAAAAAAAAAGAUGUAUUCAAUAAAUAUUUUGCAAAAAAUA